AUUACUAUUUUAAAGCAUUCUUAGAAACCAUUGUCUAUUUAUGAAUAGCAACCCCCAUCAUAGAAGUAGUCCAUCCCAAAGAAAGUUGGAAAAGAUGGCUGCCGCCAGUGGUUCCGGUGGGGCUGCCAAACCUUCCCGAAAGAAGAAAUUUUCUGAGCUUGGGAUCGACGAAUGGCUGAUAAAACAGUGCGAUAGCUUGGGUAUCAAAAGCCCUACCUUUGUACAGGAGAACUGUAUACCACCGAUUCUCAAAGGUCGAGACUGUAUAGGAUGUGCCAAGACAGGCAGCGGGAAGACAGCUGCCUUUGCGCUGCCCAUCCUGCAGAAGCUCAGCGAGGACCCCUAUGGGAUCUACUGUCUAGUUCUCACACCUACCAGAGAGCUGGCCUUCCAGAUCGCCGACCAGUUCCGAGUGCUGGGGAAACCCAUCGGUGUGAGGGAUGCUGUCAUCACAGGGGGCAUGGGUAUGAUAGACCAGGGUUUGGAGCUGUCAAAGAAACCCCACAUCGUGAUCGCCACACCAGGGAGGAUAGCAGACCACCUCCGCAGCUGUGACACUUUUACUUUGAAAAAGAUCAAGUUUUUGGUUAUAGACGAGGCAGACAGGCUCUUACAGGACAACUACGGUGAGGACCUACAGGAGAUUCUGGCUGCAGUUUCCCCCAAGAGGCAGACACUGCUGUUCAGUGCCACCAUCACAGACACACUACAGCAGCUUCGCACUGUUGCUAUGCAGGAGCCUUUCUACUAUGAAGCCCCAGCUGAAGUGGCCACAGUGGAGACGCUGACACAGCACUACGUCCUGAUGCCCCCCUACGUGAAGGACGGCUACCUGGUCCACAUCGUCCAGAAACUGCAGGAGGAACAUGAGGGCUAUUCUGUCAUCGUCUUCACCAACACCUGCAAGAAUUGUGAACUGGUUGCCAUGAUGCUGACCAAGUUAAAGUUCUCCUGUGUUGCCAUCCACUCCAAAAUGUCACAGAGAGCACGCCUUGCCUCCUUAGCUAAGUUCAAGUCCAACGUUGUAAAAGUUCUCAUUGCAACAGAUACACAAAGCUAACAGAGUACAAAGUCAGUGACAAAGAGGUGACAAGAAUUCUCAGCGAGGUCAAUGUGACAAAGAGAGCAUGUGAAGUGGGUCUUGACGAGCAAGAUUUUGAUGAGAAGAAGGAGAUCUACAAGAGGAAGGAGUUAAUCUUGGAAGGAAAGGAUCCUGACAGAUACGAAGAAGAGCAGCGGAGAGCCAAAAAGAAGAGGAGAAAAAUGGUCAAAGCCAAAAUCAAAGCAAGAAGAUCAAAAUCUGCAGCAAUUGCUAAAAAAGAAUAGACUUGUAUUUCCCGAUUAAAAUCUACUCUCAGUGCCAGGAUGCAGUACUGCUAUUUCAAAUUUGUGAUGGCAUGUUUUAAUAUGUUAUUAUUGCAACAUUAAACCUUUGUACAUAUUGAAAUAAUUGUUACUAGUAUUUUCUGUCAAGAAAUGUAUUUAUCACUUGUACAAAAAUGUUGUGAAUAUAUAUCCAUGAUAAGUGGAGAUCUCUCACUCAACAGUUCUUUUGCCUUCGCAUGAAUGAUUACCCAAAUGUUCAACUUACAUGUAUGCCAUACAUACUCUCAAUAAAAUAAGUCAGUAGACCAGUAGAAAUGUUGUUUGAUGUCAAUGUUUGUUACUUUAUAUCCAAGUACACUGAGAUAUACCUCUUAACCUCUUUCAACUCAAACAAAGAUUACUAUAUUUCCUUUUUCAACCUCCUUGUUCCGAUCAAGGAGGUUAAAUAUAUUAACCUCCUUGUUCCAGUUUACUACUCUUGAUGUCAACAGCUAAAAAAAAAUCACAAUUUUGUUUCUAUCAGUCUAAGGGAGAGUGAUUGCGGAUGUAUUUGAUGACUUUGUGAACAAAUCUCUUGAUUAAAUCUC